AUCAAAUUCAAGGGCGGUGAAGAAAAGAAGUUAAGUUUGCAAUAAACAUCGGAAAAAAAAAGUAGAAGAACAAUAAGAAGCCCUAACCAUGCGAUUGGGGUUUGGGAUUGAAAUUGAUUUGAAGCAAAGGGAUUGUUGAAAUUUCGAUAUUCGGAAAUUGGGGAAUCGAAAGAAAUGGGAGGCGAAGAUGCUGACGGGAAUAAGAGUAAGCAAUGGUCGUCUCCAAACAGGGCUUAUAAAGAGAAAGACGAAGACCCCAAACUUUGGGGGAUUUUCCUCUUUGGUUUAAUUGGCGCCACCGCCACCACUUUCGCUGUUAGUCAGCUGAGGAGGUCUGUUGAUUGGAUAUAUACUCAGUUAGCCAGGUCACAAUCAUCUCGGAGAGGAGCUGGCAGUUCUUUUCGAACAUCCUUUCAGGAGGAAGCAUGGAGAAGGUAUAAUCGUCGAAUGCAAGAAGAGUAUGAGGAAGAAAUGGAGAGAGUGGAGAGAAUAAGGCGUAUGCAAAGUGUGUUUAACAGGGAGCGAAAUAAAUACAAAAGGAGCUAUGAGAGCUGGAAGGAAAAUGGUCCUGGUGCUUAUCAUCAGCACUUUCAGCGAGAUGAUUGGUAUUGGAAGACAGACACAUCUUACAGAGAUCAAAGUACCAAUUACAGGCGACCUCAAAGAGAUAGUGCGAGCUAUCCAUUGUCACAUCACUACUCUAUUUUAGGUCUUGACAGGUCCAGGACAAAACCAUAUACAGAAGAUGAGAUUAAGAGAGCAUUCAGGGCCAAGGCAAAAGAAUUCCACCCAGAUCAGAACCAGGAUAAUAAAGAAGCUGCUGAGGCAAAAUUUAAAGAGGUAAUGACCUCCUACGAGGCUAUAAAGCAAGAAAGGAAGAACAUGAGGUUAUAAAAACUAGGUUAGUUCUCCACAAGAGUUGGGGAAGCGAAGAGCAAGAGUGGGGCUGUAAAAUAUUAAAAAAAACCAUAUACUUCUACCUCUGCGUUAUGGUUGGAGUGGAGUUCACUCUUCACUGCAUAUCAAUAUUUUUUGGAGUUAACCGAGUUAAUACCGAUGUUGUAUUUCUAGGUUUUUACUAAGAGAUAAAUAGUGAUUUUUUUUUUUGUUUUA